GAAAAAGAAGGAUAAGACUCCCUUGUGUGAAACUUGUGAUGACAAGGUGCUGCCUGGGAAAAGACUUUGUUUAGCUUGUCUUAAAGCAGCAGCAGGUCCUGCAGAGCCGGAUCCAGUUGUGCUCCCUUACAUCCGUCAAGCAGUUUCGGUGGGUCUUCGGCAGUCCGAGAAGGCGAAAAAAAAAAGUAGAUCUUUUAGCCCUCAUGGAGAUCCUGAUUUCAAUUCAGAUGAUUAUAUGCCCCCAGUAUUUGAAGAAGACGAAUUUUCAUCUCAAGAUGAAGAGUCUGCUGCCUCUCCUGUCUUCAUAGACAAUCAAAAGAUUAGCACUCUAAUACCUUGUGAUACCUUGGACCUUAGUGAUAAGAGAAAAGUAGAACCGGCUUCCA